AUGAGCACCAUGGAUAUAAAUAAAGUGGAAUAUGAGGAAGACAAUAAAACUAUGGACAAGAAGCAAAUUGAGGCUGAGGAGAAGGAAGUGAUGCUAAAAGCUGAGGUGGAGAACAUCGAGCCUGCGGAGUUGAAGCACGAUGACGGGCCUGUGAAGACGGCCUUGUCCGGUGACCUCACGGAGAUGGGCCGUGAAGUGAAACCGAAGUUUAUACCCAUUGGAGCUAUCAAAAUGCCUGGAUUCUUCACAAAAAAUUCAGAUAAAGAUAAGUCCAAGGAUGAAGAGGCAGCUAUUGAAAAAGAUACAGAGAAUGAAAAGACUGAUGAUAACUCCAAAGUCAAGGAGAAUCGUUUCCAAUUUCUACAGAAAUUCACUAAAUUCUUGCAACAUCAGGAUAAUGAAAAUGGUGAGGAAAAAGAAAAAGAUCGCAAAAGAGGUCUAUUUAACAUCAGAUAUCCAAGAGUUUUCCAAAAACGUGGCAGUGCCCCAAAUAAUGAAGCAACUCUUGCCUCUAUGGAAACUUUGGAUGACAAGCUGGAUACACCUAAUGAUGGCAUGGAAACUGUGAAACUAGAACCUGCUGAAAUUGAAGAAGGUAAAGUAGCCACCAAACUUCCAUUAAAGGAGAGGAUUCGCCAAAAGAAAUUUAUCAUAGAUGAUAUUGUCGUAGUUGGAAUAGUAGUGCUAGUCCUGAUAGCAGUUAUCAUCGGUAUCAUAAUCGGCGCUAACGCAGGACCACCGGUUGAACGACCCCUACGCCUUGGUCGCUAUAUCACCACUUUCACCAGCUGUGGACCUGUCGAAGGUAUUCUGGAUGAAGGAGUUUACAAAUUCUUCAGUAUUCCCUAUGCUAAGCCACCAGUAGAAAAUAACAGAUUUACUUAUGCUCAGCCCUUAAAUAACAUAUCAUCUUGCUGGAAUGGAACUUACGACGCGCGCGCAAAAGGUCCUCUUUGUAUACAAUUUUUAGAAAAUGCUACAAUAACUGGUGAAGAAGAUUGUCUGACACUUGAUGUGGUCACCCCUCACGUGAGAUACGAUUCGCCAUUGCCAGUUGUGGUUUUGAUUGGAGCAAAUACCUUAGCUGGUGGUAUCAGUCCUGCUCAACCUUCUGCCUUGUAUGCUCGCACAAAAGAAGUAGUUUUUGUACGUCCUAAUUUUAGACUUGGUCCUCUUGGAUUUUUAGCUCUUGAUAUUUUGUCAAAUAGCAGGUACCCUCAUACAUCAGGCAAUUAUGGACUUAGCGACUUGUUCAUUGCAUUGAAAUGGGUUCGUUUGAACAUUAAACAUUUUGGAGGCGAUCCCGAAUCUGUUACUUUGUUGGGUCACCGCGCGGGAGCUACAUUGACCGCUGCUUUGACUACUAUUAGUCAGGCUCAUAAGUUGUAUUCACGGGUAUGGUUAUCCUCUCCAUCUGUUAUCUUCCCUGGUGAACCACUAGAACAAUCUCAAAAAUCAAAUAUCAGGUUCAAAGAAAUGACUAAAUGCAACGAUGUCGAUUGCUUGCGGCAAAUUUCAACUACAGAAAUCCUAACACCAGAUUUUUGGCUUGAAAAUUACAUAGGAAAACUACCUACUACCGAAGAAUUAAAGCAUUCUUUAUUGGUGUUAGAUGGAGAGUUUAUUAGACUACAUGCAUACGAAAGUUGGGAUGCCCAAAAAGAAGCUAAAAAGUCAGGAAAAGAAAAAGUUUUUAAACCAAUGGUAUUUGGUACAACUCAACAUUCUAGUCACUCUGAUCUUUUAAAGAAAAAAUAUCUUAACUGGACUGCUGAUAUAGUAGAAAAAAUUGUCAAUGAAAGUGUAAUUGGUGAAAAGAACCUGACGUCUUCUGUGUUCACACAUGUUAAUAAAACUUAUGAGGGUUUGGUGGAACUGAUUUCUUCGGUUCGUACGUUGUGUCCUUUGGUUAGUCUCGCUAGAUUACGUCUUGAGGUUCCGAUGUAUGUAGUGCUUGGAGCAGGAGCCGGCGGGGGUGCUGGCGGGUCUGGAAUAGCCGGUAUAAAUGCAGACGUCGAGGCCAUUUUAGGAACAUUCGAUUCAGAUAUGCCGGAACAACGUCGGUACAUGGCAGCUAUGCAGCAGCUAUUUUAUUAUUAUGUAUGGCAUGGUCACCUGCCUGGACCAGAGAGUGGCUUAAUACAAGUUGGUCAAGAUUUACUUCCUCUUAGUGGCUUGCCUCUUUGUGAUCUGCUCAUUAGGGAAGAUAUAGUACCUAGGUAUGCACACAUUGACUAA